AUGGAAACCUAUAUGGAAAAUGCGAAGAAAUAUUUGUGGAAUUUAUUACCAGAUCUCCUUCAAAUCGUUUUACCUUCAAGUUAUAACUACCUUAUUCAACAAUUUACUGAAUUGUCUCCAUACCAGACUGAAGAAGGUUUUGAGGUACUUCAGUUUGAAGUUAAGACAUUCGUUAAUGUCGUUAUGAUAAAAGAUAUUAAAGUUAAUUUCCCUGAAACUGAAGAAUUGGAGUAUCAAACUAAUAACUCGCUUGAAGAAUUAGAAUGCCAGGUCAAUAAUUCAUUUGAAACAGCAAUUGAGGCAUUAGAGCAGCAAAUAAAUAAUUUGUCUAAUAACUCACUUGAAAAAUCAGAAUGCCAGGUCAAUGAUUUAUUUAAAACAGCAAUUGAAGUAUUAGAGCAGCAAACGGAUAAUUCAUUUAUUAAUUUCUUGGAAGAUAUCAAGGAAGAUUAUGAAAAACAGGACCUUCAAUUAUGUGCGGCACUAGAAAAAUUCUCAGCACAAUAUAAAGCUGCUAAAUCGCAAUCAAUUCCUCGUAUUAAACGAAAAUAUUCAAAACCUACAAAAAUUACUAAUAAAAAUGAUACAUAUAAUAUCUCUAAACGCAAAGUAAGAAAGACAG